AUGUUGGAGCUGGAGGUGGUCUUUGGAUGUGUAAUUUGUGGGAAGGACUGGUAUAAGAUGAGGGAGAGCAUUUUUAAGAAAAUGGAAAAUUUAGUACUUUGAAAAUCUUGCAAAAUAUUUAAGCCUGCUAAUAGCAAUGAUUAUUGACCAAGUAAUUAUAGGAAAUAUUGAUCGAACUUUCCAACUACUGAAAUUUGUGGGAUACCCUAUGAUAUCGUGAAAACAAGAGAAGAGGUUGCAACGAUAAAGAUAGCAGAAUUGGAAAAGUUGAAGGAAAGGAUUGGUCUAGAAGGUAUUUCUUUUAUAUCCAGUCUUAUUGAAUGCCCUAUUUGCUUAGAAGUGAUAGACCCAGGAAGAUUAAUUACAAUUUCAUGAUGUAAAAAGUAUUGGUGAAUUGAUUGAGUACUAGAAAAUAUGAAAACGUAUCCUAAAUGAUCGUUAUGAAGAAAAGACAUUGAUACUGGAUUGUUUUCAAAAGUUCCAUACAUCGAGACUGUACUAGAGACUUUGGAAAAAGAACAUUGAAUUAAAAUGAAAUCUAAUUGACCAGAUCAUAUGAAACAAUUUGAUGGUUUCUGAGAGGAAUGAAGUACCUUUGUUUGUAUUUGAUGCAUUAUCGAAAAGCAUACUGGGCAUAAGCUGACAGAGACAACUCUUAAAUAUUUUGAAAUGAAGAAGAGAAUUCCCGAAGUUCUUGAUAAGAUGAGCAUUCAGAUUGCUUCAACUGAAUCAAUACAAAAGACAAUAAAACAAAUAGAUGAAUACGAAAAAGAUGUUUGAUUAUUCAAAUACAAUCAAGGGCUAUCCGUACUUUCAGAGAAUUUCAGAAAAUUUCACCGACAAACUUGGGAUUUGUAUGACUGUUUUAACAAAAGUCAUGAAAAAUCAAAAGAGACUUUGAAAUCAGAAACUGAAGAAUACUAUAAAGUGGUGAAAGAAGAUACAGCUUGCAAUUUUGGUGUUUUAUACCAAACUGAGAAGAGACUACAGCAGAAGAAUAGUAUGUUUAAAAGUGUAUAUGAAAAGUACAAUCAGAUUGUUGAAAAGGCUCCUUUUAAGACUACAAAAUAUGUGUUUGAUUUGGUCUUGCCAAAAUCUGGACAUACAAAUCAAGUCUUGGCAAAAGAUCUUAGUUGAGAAUUAUCCAUCGAAGACGAAAAAUACACUCUUAAACUAACCCCCAUAGCUCCACCCCUUCCCACCAAAACCCCCCAAAAAUACCUCAUAUUUACAUCCAAACAAACCUCCCUCCCCAGUAACCCCCUGUCCAAAAUCCUUGUCCAUAAGUUCUUGUACCAAGUCACUCUUGGAGUACCCCUGGUUAAAGAAUUAUCGUCACUGUUCCAAGAGUUAAAAGACAAGAAUCUGAAACUAUUAGUUUAUAAAUCUUCGAAAGAACUAGUUAAGUACUUGCAGAGCUCCCACAAAGAUCUCAAAGAAGCCAUGAUAGCAUCCUUAGAGAGCACACAGCAGCAAUUGGCCGAAUUAGAAGAAGAUGAAGAGCAACUGUAAUUGUAUAAUUUCUUUAUGAUUA